AUGACAAGGGUCAGUCUCAGAGCGCAUUUUUUAGUCCUAUCGCUCAUAAAUGAGGAGAGGAACUCUUAUGGAUUGAGGCUGAAUGAAUACGGGCGCUAUAGGGAGCAUUGUUCACGGAAGAUAUCAAAACUGCGCCAAAAACUCAAACUAACUCACGGAAAGGGAAAGAAGUACACGAAGACUGCGCCAAUUCCAACAGCAAAUCUCACAGACGCCCAUUUACAACUCCUGCUCUUUGAGGCGGAGCGCUCGUGGACAUAUUCGCAACAGCUUUCCUCCCAACGAGACCCUGCUAAAGCCAUUCGUCAGCGUGCAACAGGACGCCUCCGUCGCGCUGUGCAUUCAGCCGCAGAACUCAGGAAUGCCGCCCUCAUCCUCUACCAAUCACAACGAAUCAACUCAGCGUCCUUGCUGGAAAUUUUUGUCUAUCAUUUCAUACUUGAGGGUCGCUUCCAUCUUAGAAAAGAUGACUUCCAGGAGGGUGUCGAGUUCCUCUCCGUGGCGCGUUUUAUGCUCGAUAAGCUGACAACCUCCGCCGCGACGUCGCAUGACCAAGCACUCUACACCCUUUUCUCGGAUGAGAUUGCACCACAGAUUCGUUAUGGGGCGCAUUCACUUGGUCGAAGCAAAGCAUACGACAUCGACAGCAUUGUCAAUGAGGUCGCCCCACGUGUCAGAGACCAGCUUCUUCCGGCGUCAAAUGAAUUAUUUGCACAUCUGAGCCAAGAAAAGACUACGUUGGGCGAAGGAUCAUUACUUCGCGAGAUCCUCUGGGAAGGUGUUCCCGUCCCGAUGCGGAGCCCCGAACUUGUCGACGCCUUCCUUAAAGUUCAGAAAGCCGAGGAUAUCCUUCGCGAGGGCCAAAAAACUAUUCAAAAGGAUUCAUUAUCCUCAUAUAUCCCUGCUAGCGGAACAAAAGGAGCCUCCAAGAACCCCUCUUCUAAGUCAUCCAAAAGCAAAAUUGCCGCUUACGAUGAUCUGCUCCUGGCACUCUCUGAUGCCGAAGAAGUUUCUCGACGACUAGUUGAAGCCCGAGAGCUGUUCGGUUCUGGUCCUAUUUCUAGCGAGAGCGGGGUCCGCGACAUAAACUUUAUUCACGCAUUUAUUGGUUACCGCUUAUUAUCCCAGCGUAUUGAACGGGAUCUCCUUUUGGUCGAUUCACUUACAUCGCACCAAAAGGAAGCAAAAGGAAAGCUAACGCAGAAUGCUGCCGCUUCCGAGGAUCCACGUCUCAAUCCAGGACUUGUCAAAUUGUACGAUGCAAUCCUUCAAUCCCUAGAAAGAAUGAGGACCUUGAGCAUCGUGGACGAGAGCAUAAACCUUGUUCCAGCGAUCGAGGCCAAGCUUUCAUACUCCAAAGCACGUCGUCUACUCUAUCUGUCACGAGCCCACUCCUCCGUUAAAAAAUACGCUGAGACACUGGCUUUGACAGCCAAGGCACAUAUAUACCUGCGUGAGAUGAGAUCCCAUCUUGCAUCCUCUGACAAACCUCCUGAGGACAACUUUUAUCCGAUCACGUUGAGUGAUAUUGCGUCUCUGAAGUCGACACUUUUUGAUGACGAAAAGGGCACAAAAAGCGAAUGGUUCUCGUUCGAUGGCGGUCGUGUUGGUUUGCCAGGCAUCGACCAAGUCCCUCACAAGAAGCCUUUGUUCUUCGACGUCGCUUUCAACUACAUUGAGUUACCAUUUGACCGGUUGCAAGCCCGUGCACAGAAGGCACCACUGACGAGAGCCGUCGCCCAUGAAGUGGUAAAGAAACCCACAUCAACGGAGGUCAAGGAGAAGCGUUUGCCUACAAAGAUAGAAGAGGAGCCGCCAGUAGUCAAGAUCGUUGACAGCGCUUCGUAUAGUAUCGGCGGUAUAUUGGGUGGAUGGUGGGGUAGAAAAUGA